UGAGAAUCACAAAAACAUAACCUCCUAAUAUAUGGAAAUAUAGAAAAAAUGAUUUUACAUCACAAUUAGAAGUUUCAGUGAUUUUCAAAUAAACAAAAUUCAGCAACAGAAGAAACAAAUCAAAGUUGUGUGAAUCGUUUUGAAUAAAAUGGAAUUUCCAACGCUUGGUGAAAAUUGCCAAUAUCCUGGCUGCAACCAAACAGACUUCUUGCCAUUACAGUGCAAAUGUGCAAAAGUUUUUUGCAGAGAACAUUUCAACACUCACUGCCUGUCCGGAGAAUGUGAAUUAGCACCGCAACCUAAAGAAGUUAAUUUAAAGAAAGACGACCAAAUUUUCAAAUGCUCCGAAAAAAGUUGCAAUAAAGGAAACGUUCAUGAGAUGAUCUGUUCUAAAUGUAAUAAACAUUUUUGUGUAGAACAUAGGUUUCACCCUUCAUGUCCAGAAAUAGAUGAUGAGACUCUGGCUGCAAAAAUAGAACAAUUUGAAGCACCAAAAAGACAAUUUAGGGAAGCAAACAAACAUUUACAAGGAAUGAUAACAGAAAACAUACGUAAAGCACUACAAUCGUCAGCAAAAGUGAAAACGGCAUCGAAAAUACACUUGAUGAGAAUAAAACAGAAAGCCUCCGGCCCGAAAAGCAUUCCACCAUCAGACCGAGUAUACUUCGCCAUUAAGAAACCCACCAACAUGGACGCCAAACCGCUAAAAAUAUUACAAGACGAGGACCAUCUAAUUAAACUAGGAACUUUAGUAUUAGAACCAGACUUAAAAGAUACAGUCCCAGUUUUUAUUAGCACUAAAUGGAGCUUAGGCCGGGCUAUUGAUUGUAUUUGUGAGACAUGUAAUAUAAGAAAUGAUAACAAUAAAAUAGGAAAUAUCAAGCUAAGACUGUUCAGGCAACUAGAUGGCUAUUGUAUAAGCCCCACAGCGAUGGAUAUUGAAAUUAAUGAGUUGGUAAACAAAGAAAUAUUGUUAGAAGGUGACCGAUUGCUCAUUGAAUAUAUCGAUAGUAAUUCUUUAGCCAGUUUAGAUGAGAAUGCUCAUGUUUUUUUAGUUGUGUAAUUUUUUAUGUACAAAAUUAUAUUUAUAUAGCAUAUUGUAAUUGUAUGACUUUAAUUUUUAUUUAUUUA